UUGGCAAGCUCCUCAAUUCAUCCAAGCUCCCGACGGCAACCAUCGCCUCUCCAUUGUCCACCAUGGCCGCCCGCCCGCACCAUUUCCUCAUCCUCGCCGCGCUCCUCCUGUUGAUCGGCGCCCCCUCCUCAGCUGGCGCGGGCAGCGACGGGACCGGGAAGGUGCCCGUGGAGCUCUACUACGAGUCCCUGUGCCCCCCCUCGGCGCUGUUCGUGACGUACCGCCUCGCCGAAGCCUUCGAGGACGGCCUCCUGGAGGUCGCAGACGUGACUCUCGUCCCCUACGGCAACGCCGAGGUCGGCAAGGACGGCACAAUCACCUGUGAGCAUGGCCCCGAGGAAUGCCUUCUCAACACCGUGGAGGCUUGCGCCAUCGACGCCUGGCCGGACGUGAAUGUGCAUUUCGGUUUCAUCAACUGCGUGGAGGAGCUGGCGAUGAACGAAACACAGGGGGAGUGGGAGUCAUGCUUCCACAAACUGGGGCUCGACCCCAAGCCAGUCACGGAGUGCUACAAGAGUGAGCACGGCCACAAGCUUUCACUCAAGUAUGGGAAACAAACUGGUGCGCUUGUGCCUCCGCUCACGGGCAUCCCAUGGGUGGUGGUAGAUGGCAAGCCACGCGACGACGGGGACUUCGUAUAUUACAUCUGCAAGGCGUACAAGGGACGUCCUCCCAAGAUUUGCCAGGAGCCGGACCGUCACUACCGGACCGCGGUGGAGGCAGGCAACGGUGUCAGCUACAACUCCGGCGGUUUCAAGCUCCACGACGGCGUUGAGGACAAGAUUGAGGUGGCGCGGGUUGAGAACAACUGAUAAAUUAUGUUUGCCUUUCGGGGCUUAUAUACGUACGUCGGUAUACGUGAACAUAGGGCAGUUUCACUGUUCUGUUCAGGUUAAUUAUGGACAUGUGCAUCACCCGAUAAUAAAGUGAGUUAUGAUGAUGUAAAUUUCUGUUCAAAUCAAUAUGGAGAGAAUUGUUGGCAGUUU